AUGAAAAUCUCCGGAGCUGGGUGGAUCGUAACACUGAUGGUCGUGAUAACGACAAGUGACAGCAAAAACGUGGUGUUUCUGCCCAUGGAUGCCUCAAGUCAUUCUCGUACUCACGCCUUUGUGGCCGUAGAGUUGGCCAAGAUGGGUCAUAACGUGUGGCUGGCGCUUUCUUCAGCUAUGUACAAAAGCAAGGUAGAGAAUUACCCUGGAGUAACGGUGUUUACCUACGAGAGUGAACUAUCUGAGCUCGAUCUGAUACACAGAAUAGAGACUUCCGUUGGCAACGCCAUUAUCUCUGGAACUGACCCUGACUGGUCAUGGCUGGACACAGUCCAAGACUAUAUUUGCGAGACAUAUUUUCAAGCAAUGUCCCACAGAGGUUUAAUUGAUCAUAUAGAAAGCCUGAACCCUGAUCUUAUUAUUCUAGAUGGGUUUCCUGAUGUCGAUGAAAGAGUAGCCAUCUCUUACAAGCUGAACGUUCCUUUUGCUGUUAUGACUACUCUGUUUGCUCAUACGCCAAUACGAAUGCCAGUCAAUCCGACAGCAGAAGCAUACAACAACCAAUACAUUCGCAAUCAGGCGAAUUUGUUUGAACAGAUUAUCGCUGUAAUGAAGAUAAUGUCACUCAGUGUGUUUCAUCUUUUCAAUGACAGGGGGUACAUGAGACAACUCAUUUCAGCAGAUUCAAAU